AUGUGGGGUACAACUUCCAGGAUACGUGCAGGUGCUCAUGCAGGUGCUGAUGCAGGUCUACGUGGAAACACUGGUGCAGGUCUGAGUGGAAACCCUGGUACAGGUCAAGGUGGAAACACUGGUGCAGGUCUAGGUGGAAACACUGGUGCAGGUCUAGGUGGAAACACUGGUGCAGGUCUAGGUGUAAUCACUGGUGCAGGUCUAGGUGGAAACACUGGUGCAGGUCUGAGUGGAAACCCUGGUGCAAGUCUAGAUGGAAAACCUGAUGCAGGUCUAGGUGGAAACACUGGUCCAGCUAAACGUCCUCGUGUAAGUCAAGCUGUGGGUGCUGGUGCAGGUCUAGGUGGAAACCCUGGUGCAAGUGGAAACCCUGGUGCACAUCUAGAUGGAAACCCUGAUGCAGGUGUAGGUGGAAAUCCUGGUGCAGGUGGAAACCAUGGUGCACGUCUAGAUGGAAACCCUGAUGCAGGUCUAGGUGGAAACACUGGUGCAGGUCUAGAUGGAAACCCUGAUGCAGGUCUAGGUGGAAACACUGGUGCAGGUCUAAGUGGAAACCCUAGUGCAGGUGAAAACACUGGUGCAGGUUUAGGUGGAGACCCUGAUGCAGAUCUAAGUGGAAGCACUGGUGCAGCUAAACGUCCUCGUGCAAGUCAAGGCGAAGAUGCUGGUGUAGGUCUGGGUGGAAACGCUGGUGCAGGUGGAAACCCUGGUGCAGUUCUAGAUGGAAACACUGGUGCAAACACUGGUGCGGCUAAACGUCCUCGUGUAAGUCAAGGUGCUGGUGCAGGUCUAGGUGGAAACAAUGGUUCAGGUCCAGGUGGAAACACUGGUACAGGUCUAGGUGGAAACACCGGUGCAGGUUUAAGUGGAAACACCGGUGCAGGUUUAGGUGAAAACACUGGUGCAGGUCUAGGUGGAAACACCGGUGCAGGUUUAAGUGGAAACACCGGUGCAGGUUUAGGUAAAAACACUGGUGCAGGUCUAGGUGGAAACACCGGUGCAGGUUUAGGUGGAAACACUGGUGCAGGUCUAGGUGGAAACACUGGUGCAGGUCCAGGUGGAAACACUGGGGCUGCAGGUCAAGGUGGAAACACUGGUGCAGGUCUAGGCGGAAACACUGGGGCUGCAGGUCUAGGUGGAAACACUGGUUCAGGUCUAGGUGGAAACACUGGUGCAGGUCUAGGUGGAAACCGUGGUGGAGUUAAACGUCCUCAUAUAGGCGGUGGUACUGGUACAGUUAAACUUCUUCGUCUAAAUAAAGCUGCAGCCAGUCGUAAACGUCCUAGUAAUAGUAAAAGCCCUGGUAGUUCAGCUAAAAUUUCCCGUGCCUGUUCCACAAGUGGAUUAUUAACUUGCAUUUGUAAAUUCGCUAGUGCGUGUAACAUGACCACUAACGCAAUCACAAACGGGCAAGGACACCCUGACGGGAUGGAAAAUUUUGCAUUGGUAGACGCCAACGGCGCAACAAAUGUGAACACGAUAUGCGAGGGGGGCACCGUUGCUAUUUUGUACGACUUUAAUGCUCGGAUGCCAUUAUAUGCUGCUACAAUGAUGACCGGACCGGACGCAAAUGGUUUGUAG